GAUUCAUCUCGGCGAAGGGAUAUUCCUCCGCCGCACAUGUGGUAACUCCUCUACCGGUGUCUCUCGCAGGGAAUUAUUUAUCGCCGCUCGUUUCCCCAGCGCUCGCCCUCAAAUAUGGAACAGGUUAUACAAAUACUCGAGAAAACUACAUCGCCAGAUAAAACUGAGUUAGAAACUGCAUUAAAUUAUCUAGAGCAGGCAGCACAAUCAAAUUUGCCGGAAUAUGUGAAAGUACUGAGUGAUGUAUUGCACCAUGGAGGAAAUUCCACCGUGGCCCGAAUGGCCGCGGGUAUUCAGCUGAAAAACACAUUAGCUUCCAAUGAUCCCAAAGUUAAAGUACAGUAUCAACAGCGGUGGCUGGCAUUUCCACCAGAUGUCAGGGACUACGUUAAGGCUAAUGUUCUGGGAGCAUUAGGUACAGAGCAAAACCGGCCAAGCUCAGCAGCACAAUGCGUUGCCUACAUUGCAUUGACAGAAAUUCCAGUUGGCCAAUGGCCAAACUUAAUAGACAGAUUGGUGGCAAAUAUAACGGCUCCUGGAGCCACGGAUAUGACUAAAGAGUCAACUUUAGAGGCUAUUGGAUAUAUUUGUCAGGAUAUAGAGCCAGAUGCCAUAGCUUCACAGAGUAACCAUAUCCUCACUGCUAUUGUCCAUGGUAUGAAGCGUGAUGAACCCAAUGAUCAUGUUAGACUCGCAGCAACGACGGCACUUCUUAAUUCGCUUGAAUUUACAAAACAGAACUUCGAAAGGGAUGCUGAAAGACAUUUUAUUAUGCAAGUGGUUUGUGAAGCAACCCAAUCUACCAAUACUCAAAUUAAAGUUGCUGCCCUACAAUGUUUGGUAAAAAUAAUGUCACUGUAUUAUCAGUACAUGGAGCAUUAUAUGGGACCUGCACUGUUUGCAAUCACUCUCGAAGCCAUGAAGAGUGAUAUAGAUGAAGUAGCACUACAAGGAAUUGAGUUCUGGUCAAAUGUGUGCGAUGAAGAAGUGGAUCUUGCCAUUGAGGCUUCUGAGGCAGCUGAGCUUGGCCGUCCCCCAGAGAGAACCUCUCGCUUCUAUGCCAAGGGAGCAUUGCAGUAUCUAGUCCCAGUACUGAUGAUGACACUUGGAAAGCAAGAGGAAGCAGAUGAUGAUGAUGAGUGGAACCCCUGCAAAGCAGCUGGAGUAUGUGUGAUGCUUCUUGCGACAUGCACUGAAGAUGAUAUUGUACCCCAUGUCCUGCCUUUCGUAAAGGAGAAUAUUAAGCACACUGACUGGAGACUCCGAGAUGCAGCGAUAAUGGCAUUUGGUUCGAUUUUGGAAGGCCCUGAUCCAACAAACCUUAAGCCAAUGGUGGAACAGGCAAUGCCAACCCUGAUUGAGGCUCUUAGUGAUUCGUCUGUAGUGGUGCGAGACACAACAGCUUGGACUCUGGGUCGAGUGUGUGAACUAAUCCCAGAUGCAGCAUGCAAUGACACUUAUCUCAAGUUAUUGCUGGAAGCAUUAGUUCACAGCUUGAAGGGAGAACCAAGGGUGGCAUCAAAUGUCUGCUGGGCUCUCAGUUCACUAGCAGAAGCUGCUUACGAACAAGCAGAUACUGGAGAUGUUGAUGGCGAGCCACCAACCUAUUGUCUGUCUGCAUUCUUUGACCCCUUGGUAGAUGUUCUUUUGCAAACUACAGACCGAGCUGAUGGAAACCAGUGUAAUUUAAGGAAUGCUGCCUAUGAGGCCCUCAUGGAACUUAUGAAGAAUUCUCCAAGGGAUUGCUAUCCAACUGUCCAAAAAACUACUAUGAUAAUUCUGGAAAGGCUUCAACAAGUAUUGCACAUGGAGUCUCAGAUUCAGUCCCAUAGUGAUAGGGUUCAGGUGAAUGAUAUUCAGUCACUGUUAUGUGCAACUCUCCAGUCAGUCUUAAGGAAAGUAACCCCUGAAGAUGCUCCAAAAAUCAGUGACCCUAUCAUGGCUGCUCUGCUGCAAAUGUUCCAGACGUCUCAGGGCAAGUCAGGGGGUGUGCAGGAAGAUGCACUCCUUGCUGUUUCCACUCUGGUCGAGGUGUUGGGACACAACUUCUUGAAAUACAUGGAGGCAUUCAAGCCUUUCUUGUCUUUGGGCUUACGGAAUGUUGAGGACUAUCCUGUAUGCUCAGCUGCUGUGGGGGUUACAGGUGACAUCUGCCGUGCUCUGGGUGAUAAAGUAGAGCCCUUCUGCGAUGAACUGAUGUCCAUGUUGGUAGAAAAUCUUGGGAAUAAUAAUGUUCACAGAAAUGUGAAACCAUCCAUACUCUCAGUAUUUGGCGAUAUGGCUUUAGCUCUAGGACCCAAGUUUACCAAAUACUUGGAAGUGGUCCUUCAAAUGCUUCACCAGGCAUCUCAAGCCCAAGUAGAUCGCUCAGACUUUGAUAUGCUGGAUUACCUUAAUGAAUUACGUGAAAGCUGUUUGGAGGCUUAUACUGGUAUUGUUCAGGGUUUAAAAGGCGAUGGGGCAACACCAAACCAGGAAGUACAGCUCCUGCGUCAACAUGUGCCCCACAUGAUCUCUUUUAUCACUUCCGUUGCUACAGAUGAUGAAAAAUCUGAUCCUGUUAUUGCUAGUUCAGCUGGUCUGAUUGGGGACUUGUGUUCUGUGUUUGGAACAGACAUGCUGCAAUUGGUGGAGACUGAUCCUAUCACCAAUCUACUUUCUCAAGGCCGACGCUCCAAGACUUCGAAGACAAAAACCCUUGCAAUGUGGGCAACUAAAGAAAUCCGUCGCUUGAAAAACAACAGCACUUGCCCCUAACUUGGCUUUUCAGAUGAGUGGCGAGUUUAGUCUGUGGUGAGUCGAUGCAGUGAGUCAGAUGCGGUGUGUCUGCAUGGAGUGAGGGAAGAGCGUUGCCCGGCUAACAGACAAACAUGGACGAUCGCAAGUGCGGCAGUUUGGCCGAAUGUGCGAUGACGACCGGAUGGCCUCGGAAGAGUGUGAAAAUAUCUAAAACUUUUCUUGAAUGACGGGAAUAUCUUCUUUUAUGAGAAUAUCAGAAAAUCAUUUCCAGUGAAUCAUUCCAGCUCCCAGGAAUAGAUCUGCCUCAUUUGCUCUGUAAAGCAUGUAAAACUUUUCCAAAGUGAGUCCUAUUUAUGAACUGUGGUUUUUGAAAGCCAGUCCUUUCAAGUGCCUUUAUGUGGGAAUGAAUGGUGCUGUAGCCAUGAGUCGGGUACCCUACUGGUAACUGAUCCAUCUACUGUAAUAUAAAUACAAGUGGGGAUAGUAUUCCAGGGUGUCUAGUCAAGGGUACAAAGGAUUUUCAACUACUACCACUUCAAUUCUGUUAGUGUUAGCCAAGUUAAUCUAUUCUAUCUGCAGGGCAGCCUUCUGCUUUAUUCCAAUGCAGGUCUUUAUAGAUAAUCUGAGUCCUCUUUAAGAUCCAGUCUACCAAAUAAUCUACCAAUCAGUAUAAUCUUUUUUUUUAUAAACUAUUGAAGAACCUAGUUGAAAGUAGUUAAGAUCAGUUUGGGAUAAUGCAGAUAAUCUUUUCCUGUCAUUAUACAUCCUCAGUUAGUCUCCUAGUUCUUCGGUGACAGCACAUGUGUGUUUAGGGCACUAGAAUGGGAUGCGGCUCUAAUUGUUCUUUAGUGGCAUUUUGAGGCACACAAAAACUGAAAUCAUGAACAUGAGUACCACCUAAAUAUUUCAAACAGUAUUUCGAAUGGUUAUGCUCAAGCAUGUUGUUAAAUUUAAAUGAAAAGAGGUUAUUAUUCCCUGUCAGGUUCUCUUGAAUGAAGUAUAAAUUGUGUGUUGCUGUUUGCAAGCAAUAGUGAGUUGGAUAGUAAUGGUAUCAGCUGAAGAUUAUUGACUGGCUAAUAUUUCCCCCCAUGUACACAAGUGAGCCAUGUCAAAUCCCUCUUAGUUUGUGAUUGCUAAUGUUGCAUUUUGCAGUGUAAGCCCUAAAUGUGCAAUGUGAGAACUGAGGUGUGUCUGCAAGUUGUUGGAAGAGAGGACUUUAAACCCAGUACAAUUUAGUUUUGAUUUUGCGUGAAUGAAUCUUAAUGUAUAUGGGUUAAAUCUUUCUUCCACUUACUUGUGGAAACUUAGUUGAUACCAACAACCCACCUAAGUGACUGAACUGGUACAGUGGUAGAAGAUAAUUUGCAAUUCAAUAGAUAAUGGUUUCAAAUCUUGAGGACAAUGUUACAAAGCUUCAUUUUCCAAGUACAUAAGUUUCCUUAUUUAAAGAGGUUGGGUAGUAUGGUUAAGUUUUAACACUGUGCUCAAGUUAGAGGAUUUCUAAAGAUGCCAAAAAUGGUACCAUGGAAGGAGCAAAUCUGCUGCAGUCCUGUGACUGGUGAAUGCUUGACUGUGAUAAAGAGGCCCUGUGUGAUGUGGCGCUGAGUAAGUGUGUGGUGCAAGAUGCUGUGCAGUCCAGUAGUGUUAUGAAAGUAAAGUGAAAUGGACUGAAUGUUAACUUUCACACCACACUUCUUAUACAACAACUGCAAAAUUCCUGAGGAAGAUGACUAAGAGUACUGGAGUGUGGAUAAGUUUACACACUUGGACUAUACAUGAACAAUAGGCGCGCAUCCGGUGCUUUCUUCCUUGCCAUGUUAGCACAUUUCCCGCAUGUUAGCAACCUGGGAAGUUGAGAGGUCUUUGAUCUUGCACCAUUCUUCCUGGGUCUGGCAUGCUGACAUCCCCAGUGACGUGACUCAAGUGACUGAGGGUGCGAGUGCAAAUUUGUUCGUUCUUGAAGGACGUGUGACUGUGAUACUGUGUUCCUCUAGUGCAAAUGAUACUGUGUGAGUGUGUACAUUCCACCAGAUGGUGUAGUAUUAGUGUACAGAAACAACACAAAGUUGAACUAAUGAACCUGCAACAAAAGUUCAUGGUUUAGCUCAUGUAGAAAUGUAACUUGUUAUUGCCUCCAAAUAGACAGAGCUUUGUGUCUGAAACUUCUUCACUAAAGUUAUUCAUGACAUACAUGAUGUAAUUUCAGUAAGUGUGGAUAAACCUAGUGUAUAUUUUUUCACAACCCGUUGAUAUUCAAUCUGUUUCAUUUAUAAUUUGAUUACUUCUUUUGGUACUUUAAGGCUAAUAAUUUUCCUUUAAUAAACCCUGUACUAUAUUUACAAAUGGAAACCUUUGAAUAAAUAAGUUUGUGAGAAAUGU